AUUUGCAUGUCCACCCACGUUUUCUUUGUUUUUAACUGGGAAGAGAGAGAGAGAGAGAGACAGAGAGAGAGAGGUCGAAUGGAGAAGCAGAAGAACAACAGUAACACGCUAUGUGACACCGCCCAUUCGAAUUCCGAUCCGUCGGCUCUGGUUCGUGUCUAUGCCGAUGGGAUCUACGAUCUCUUCCACUUUGGCCACGCUCGCUCCCUCGAGCAAGCCAAGAAAUCGUUCCCAAACACCUACUUGUUGGUUGGAUGCUGCAGUGAUGAAAUUACGCACAAGUAUAAGGGCAAGACUGUUAUGACAGAAUCCGAGCGUUACGAAUCCCUUCGUCAUUGCAAGUGGGUUGAUGAAGUUAUUCCAGAUGCACCAUGGGUGAUCACGCCGGAAUUUCUUGACGAACACAACAUUGAUUAUGUGGCUCACGAUUCCCUUCCUUAUGCUGAUGCCAGUGGAGCUGGAAAGGAUGUAUAUGAAUUUGUAAAAGCCAUUGGAAAGUUUAAGGAAACCAAACGGACUGAUGGAAUUUCUACAUCAGACAUUAUAAUGAGGAUUGUUAAAGAUUAUAACCAGUAUGUGAUGCGUAACUUGGAUCGUGGAUAUACAAGAAAAGAACUCGGUGUUAGCUAUGUGAAGGAAAAGCGACUGAGGGUGAACAUGAGACUGAAGAAACUACAGGAGAAAGUGAAGGAACAUCAAGAAAAGGUAGGAGAAAAGAUUCAGACUGUUGCUAAAACUGCUGGUAUGCAUCGGAAUGAGUGGGUGGAAAAUGCUGAUCGCUGGGUCGCUGGUUUCCUUGAGAUGUUUGAAGAAGGUUGCCAUAAAAUGGGGACAGCCAUCAGGGACCGAAUUCAGGAGCGGUUAAGGGGGCAGCAGUCAACAUAUAUGCUGCAAAAUGGCAAUGAUAAUGAUGAUGAAGAAGAAUUCUACGAUGAUGACGAUGAUUAUGAUGAUGAAUAUGAUGAUGAUGAAUAUUAUGAGGAAGAAUACCAUGACCAGGAAGAGAAGAAGUGAACUUGUAUUUACCGAAAAAAGAAGUGAACAUGUAACCAUGCUCACCGUUUCGUAGUAUCUACAGCAAGCUGACUGCUGAUACUUGUUUGUGGGAUUUAGGGUAAGUACUAGAGUUGCUUUGGGAGGUGAUUUUGGUUGAUGUCAUUGCCGGAGGGAGUUUGGACUUGAGUUGGAACUUUUACUUUUGAUGGUAUAUUUUAUUUUCUAUGUCUCUCUUUACGGUUGUUUGAAUCGUGUUUAUUGUAAUAGGAAUACAUGAAAAUGCUAUUGUGUUUUGAAGCAAGUAAAAUAACUUAAAGUA